AUGUCAAAUAGAAGGUUAUCAUUUACAAUUAACAAUAAUGAAUCACUGAAAGAAAUUGCGAGUUCGUUGUAUGAAUUAAAAGAAGUUUAUAACACUAUUAGAUAUGAUUGGCCACAAAUUUUAAAAGCUGAUUCAAAUCCUAUUGAAAUGGCUAUUUCUUUGUUAGAUGAUACUUCCGUCGGCAUGGCACAUAAAUUACAAGAAUUUAGAAUAUUAAAAGAAAAUGCAGAAAUAGCAUUGAAAAAUGUGGUUGAAGAACAUUAUCAACUUUUUAAUAAUAGUGUUGGUUCUUAUCAUAUGUUAUUAAAUACUUUACGCGAAUCUCAACAAGAUUCAAUAGAGAUUAAAAAAUUUUUAGAAAAUUCCAAUAAAGAAAUACAUGAUAGAUCGUCAUUAUUACGAGACUUGAGUCAAUCUUCAGCAAAGUAUUCACAUAUGAUUGAAAUUUUAGACGCAAUGGAUGAAAUCAACAACAUUCCUACCUUAGUAGAUCAAUUAAUUAUAGACAAAAAAAUUCAUGAAGUUUAUGACGUUAUUUCUAAUGGUUAUAAAGCUGCUGAGAAAUACAAAUUAUGGUCAUUAUCAGCAAUGAGUGGGAUAAAAGAUUAUUUAGAACAACAAUCAAAUAGAUUGUUUGAUAUGAUAAUUGAAGAAUUACAAAAUGAAAUUUAUCUUAAAAAUAGCAGGGCAAAAUCAAUAAAUGAAAAUAACAUAGACAAUUCAAUAUUUUCUUGGGACAAUCUCAUCAAUAACAACAACUCUCAGUUGUCGUCAUUCACGGCUUUAUUAAAAUCACUAAAUUUAGAGCAAUAUAUUUAUAACUCGGCAAAUUUAGAUAUAUCAGAAACUGUUGAUUUCCUUAAUCUGCCAGUACAAGAUUUUAUAAAUUAUCAAUUACCGAAAUUACAUUCAAAUAAUUCCCAAAAAAAUAGUUCCAUUCAUUAUAACUUACUUUUAGAAGCAACAUCAAAUGCAAGUACUGAAUCAUUUUAUUAUAUUUAUAUGUUAUUAUCAACAGCCUCAAAAUUAUCUAAAUUGGAUCAAGUAUACGAAGUUUUAACUGAUACUACUCAAGCUGACUUACAUGAGUUGAUUAAUAGAACAACCGAAGAGGUAAAAUUGAGAAACGGGCAAGCAUUAUCAAAAUUAUCAACAAAGCAGUAUUUUGAGUCGGAUUCUUUAUUUGACAUAUUAACCCAUGGCAAUUUUACAGAUUCCAAUGUGGUUAUAUUACAGGAGUUAUUUGGAUCUAUAUUUUUGAAAAGUUUGGCUGUACUACAAAGACACGAAAUUGUCAAUCGAAUCAUAAAUUUAAUCGAAGGAAAACAAGUCUUGGAAUCAAAUAGAAACUCGAGAUUAUCUGAGAAUCAUGUACAAAAUGGACAAGUACAAUCAAUAAACAAUAUAUGGAAUAUAGUUAGAAAAGAAUUGAAAACUUUAAUGUUGAAUUAUAUAUAUGACGAAAGAUUGUUUGACGUGAGCUUUUCCAACGACGAAAGAAAUAAGGAUCAAAUUGAAAUUGACAAGAAAAGCUCAGAGUGGUAUAAUAUAUUCCAAUUUAAAGAUGUAGACUAUGAUUUAACUUCCAAGAAUUCAAAAGAAAUAUUAGAAGUUCUUCAGGAUGUCUUUCCUGGUUUUAAUUUGGCAGAUAAUAAUUCAUCGAGACCAACUGGUAGUGAUGGUAUUGGUGCUAAACUUUCUCAAGCUGGUAAAGAUAUUUAUGCAACAAGUACAGCGUUUGAGACAUACAAGGUCGAAAACAUAGUCCCGACGAAUCUAUUUAAUAUGAGAAUAAUUUUGGAAUUUUUUUUAAUAUUUAUUGAUGGGUCACGAAGAGUUCUCUCAGAUUCCUUUGGUAACAAAAAAACUAAAAAUGAUUCGCAAUUGUCGUUUCAGUUUUUUAAUGAAUUCAUGAAAACGUCAUUCUUACAUUAUAUGAAAAAUGCUAUUGAUCUAAUUUUUAAUAAAAAAGUUGGUGGUAUUUACACAAGAGAUUCGAUGAAACUAGAGUCUCCGAGAUUGCUAUUAGAUGUGGUUUCAAUAAAGGAAGAUAAUCGGAAUUCUGGUCAAUUGGAAUAUGAAUCUAAUUCGAAAACAAUUUAUGAGAACGCAUUUAAUUUCAGAAGGUUAUUUUGGGAAUUAUGUUUGAUAUUAAAUACUUCCUUACACUAUAGAGAAGAAUAUUCCGAAACAAUUUUACACAUUUUAACGAAUUAUGCAAAAGAAUAUUUGAAACUAUUUUAUGAACUAUUACCAUAUGAUGGACAAGUCCAGAGCGUUUCCAAUAAUGAAACGAAUCUGCAAUUAUCAAAAUGGAUGAAUAUUUCAGUUUUAUUAGAAGUUACUGGUUAUAUUUUACUGUCUCAUUCCCAAAAUCAUCACGAGAUUACAAAUUUGAUCAAAUCAGAAACAAAAUUAUUGCUUGAAUCAGCUUUGCAACAUGUCAAUAAAAACGAUUUGUUGGAUGAUGACAAUUACUUGCAAAGCAUAUAUUUGCUUUCUACUACCUCCUGGAUUUUAACAUGGUUACCUUUUAUCAAAAAAGAAUCAAAUUUCAAUAGUGAUAGUAACCAUCUGAGUCUGAUAAAAGUUUCAGUGGUUGAGAAAUUAAGAGAUAAUUGGUCAUUCUUAGAAAAUGGAAGAACUACUUUAAAUUACACUAAUAGACACGAUCCAAUCCACAAUAAUACUUAUGUAGCACUAAAUUCGGAGUCCAUACCAAAAUUUAAUGAAAUUAUUAAUACAUUUGAGUCAAUUCGUGAUCGAACUAUAUUAGCAUUAAGAUAUGAAUUAAGAUACAAGAUAUUGUAUUACACAAAAUUGUCUUGCUUGCAGGUAAAUUGGAUCCCCGUAGCUGAAGAUAAAGAUGCUGAUCAGUUUAUAAUUCAAUUGUCUCAAGAAAUUUGUGACGCCGAUAAUAAAUUAGCUGAAUUUAUUGAUGAAUCUACAAGAGAACUAAUUUUUAACGGAUUGGGUAUAUACAUAAAUGAUUUAAUUGUGAAAUCAUCAUUUGAUAUAAAGAAGAUCAAUUCAAAUGGUAUCAAAAGACUUUUAUUGAAUAUUUCCACAUUUCGAGAAAUGUUAAAAAGUUUAUCAACUAAUGUAGGGUUAAUAGACUUCACCAGUUCUUCAGUAUAUUUUGAAAUGUUUUUAUUAAACGAAUUCAAUUUACUAAACCGUAUUAAAAUUAACGAUAAAAAUUUUUCAAAGCAAGAAUACGAAAAUUUGGCAAGAUUAAUCUACAGUGAAAAAUUAGCCGAUGGGAAAGGUUCACAAUUUAAUAAAAGUAAAUACAAUGAUUUAUUGAAGAAAAUAGACGAACUAUUUUAA